CCGCACACGGGAAUCAUGGCAAGGGUUAUUACAGAGAACGACAUGGCGGAGCAGGUGGCCCUGAGUCGGUUACAAGUAUGUGGGAUCCUGAGGGAAGAGCUGUACCAGGGCGAUGCCUUCCACCAGUCCGACACCCACGUCUUCAUCAUCAUGGGGGCAUCGGGAGAUUUGGCCAAGAAGAAGAUCUACCCAACCAUCUGGUGGCUGUUCCGGGACGGGCUCCUUCCGGAUGACACCUUCGUUGUGGGUUAUGCCCGCUCUCGUAUUACGGUGGCCGAGAUCCGGAAGCAGAGUGAGCCAUACUUCAAGGUCACCCCGGACGAGAAGGAAAAGCUAGAGGAGUUCUUUGCUCGUAACUCUUACGUGGCGGGUCAGUAUGACAACCGGGCCUCCUUCGAGCAGCUCAACAAGCACAUAAACUCCCUGCACCACGGGCAGCAGGCCAACCGCCUCUUCUACCUCGCUCUGCCGCCCUCCGUCUACGAGCCCGUCACAAAGAACAUCAAGGAGACCUGCAUGAGUCAAGUGGGCUGGAACCGCGUGAUUGUGGAAAAGCCAUUUGGGAAGGACCUGCAGAGCUCAGACAAGCUGUCCAAUCACAUCGCCUCGCUUUUCCAGGAGGACCAGAUCUACCGGAUUGACCACUAUCUGGGCAAGGAGAUGGUGCAGAACCUCAUGGUACUCAGGUUCGGCAACAGGAUCUUCGGGCCCAUCUGGAACCGCGACAACAUCGCCUGUGUGAUCCUCACCUUCAAGGAGCCCUUUGGCACCGAGGGCCGCGGGGGUUAUUUUGACGAAUUUGGAAUCAUCCGGGACGUGAUGCAGAACCACCUCCUGCAGAUGCUGUGCCUCGUGGCCAUGGAGAAACCGGCCUCCACCAACUCGGACGAUGUCCGUGAUGAGAAGGUCAAAGUCCUGAAGUGCAUCUCAGAAGUGAAGGCGGACAAGGUGGUCCUGGGGCAGUACGUCGGGGACCCAGCUGGGCAAGGAGAGGCCAAGAAGGGCUACUUGGAUGACCCCACGGUGCCCCAAGGUUCCACCACCCCCACCUUCGCCGCUGUGGUGUUAUACGUGGAGAACGAGCGAUGGGACGGGGUCCCCUUUAUCCUGCGCUGCGGCAAGGCCCUGAACGAGCGGAAGGCAGAAAUUCGGCUGCAGUUCCGGGACGUGGCCGGCGACAUCUUCCACAACCAGUGCAAACGGAACGAGCUGGUGAUCCGCGUGCAGCCCAACGAGGCCGUCUACACCAAGAUGAUGACCAAGAAGCCGGGGAUGUUCUUCAACCCCGAGGAGUCGGAGCUAGAUCUGACCUACGGCAACAGAUACAAGGAUGUGAAACUGCCAGAUGCUUAUGAGAGACUCAUCCUGGAUGUCUUCUGUGGGAGCCAGAUGCAUUUUGUUCGCAGUGAUGAGCUGCGGGAAGCCUGGCGGAUAUUCACCCCGCUGCUGCACAAGAUUGAGAAGGAAAAGGCCAAACCCAUUCCCUAUCGCUACGGCAGUCGCGGCCCAACUGAGGCAGACGAGCUGAUGAAGAGGGUGGGAUUCCAGUACGAGGGCACCUACAAGUGGGUGAACCCCCACAAGCUCUGAGCCGGGACCCGGAGGCGGCAGCCGCUCAUCCCACCCGCAGCAGAAGCCAGCGGGCCUGCCUCUGCCUCUCCCUCCUCGUUUCCCUCCCUUCCUCCUCAGCCCCAAGAGAUGCCUCUUCCCCCCACACACUCCAUCUGCAUCCAGCCGCCUGAGGGUGAGCAGACCAGACCCUAGCACCCCGUCUGGGUCCCUGCGUCACCCGUCUAACACAUGCAACGCCUUCCCCAGUUACUCUGAAGGGACCACGUGGCCGGCCUCUGAAAUAGGUCCUCGGCAGAGUCGAGACGAGGCAGCGGGACCAAGAGCCAGUCAGGGUGAUGCUCCUCCCCGUCCCCUUCCAGCCUCUCAGGGGCCAUGUCAGGGAGGGCGGCUCUGUCUGAGCGCAUCAGCUGACGGGAGCGUCCGGGCCACCUCCCCACUCUGAGCCCGCCGGGCCCUCGUGUGCGGUGUGGACCCGACUGGCGACCACAGUCCAAACUGUUUACAGCACCUGGAUUCCCCGUAGCCUCCCUCCCUCCCCGGCUCCACACCCUUUCCCCUUCCUAGUCUCCGUCGCCUCUCCAACCUAGGUUUCAAAAGCAUUGACAUUCCACAGUGAUGGGCAUUGAAAGUUGGCUUUAUUUUCCUAAAACCUGUUUUUUUGGUUUUGGG